ACGUUUGCACUUUUUCUGUAGCGAGCAGGACGACGGGGAUAUGGGGAAAAACAAGAAGAAAAGCGGCGGAGGAGGGAAGAACAAGCAGAAGAAGGGAGCGGGAGGAGGCGGCGUGGAGAACAAGAAGAAUUCCCCCGCAGUCAGGAAGAAAGCAAUCAGCGGUCCCCACCCUCGUUUCGGGGCUCAUGAAUCUUGGAAAUACCUGCUUCUUCAACUCUGUCAUGCAAAGUAUUGGACAGACAGACUACCUAAGGCAUCGUCUGAAUGCUCUGGUCGAAGGUCUUCAACAGCAAAUACUGACACUACAAGUGGAACAGCAACAGCUGGACGUGGCGGUGACAGGCAAACCUGGUCAACUAACAAAGACCCUCCACGCCUUCAUGAAGGACAUAGCCACACCCACUGGUCGAACCCUGAACCCUCGACCGAUCUUCUCCCAGAUCUGUGAAAGGGCACCACGUUUCCGUAGUUACCAGCAGCAGGACAGUCAGGAGCUCCUCCGCUAUCUCUGGACUCCCUCAAAAAUGAGGAAAUACAAAGGAUGAGGCGUGGGAUUCUGGCGGUGUUCAAAGUCAGCAGUGGGAAGAAGGCAGCUCUCAGCCACUUGUCUCAGAGUGACAAAGACACCAUCAAAAAGUUUGGUAAUGCAGUGUACAGAGAGCCAACGUAUGUGGACGAGGUGUUUGGAGGGGUUCUCGUCAGUACUAUCAGUUGCGCUGAGUGCCGCAAUUGCUCCACCAUACAUGAAAACUACCUCGAUCUCUCUCUUCCUGUACCAAGAGAUGAGACUAGUAGAGGAGGAGAGGGUAGCCAUUGGUCCAGAGGUCACAGACAAGGAAAGGCUCAGAAAUCGUCAGAGCAGCCCGUUGAGGCAGACAUCCACCAGAGAGAUGUGGGGGUAAAGAGAGGAGAGGAAGUGGUGGAGGGCUCGAAGGCAGCUCCACCCUCCAAACAUCAAAUGAAGAAAGCCAAGAAAAAGACGAGGAAAGGAGGGAAAGUGAAGCAGUCUUUUCAAGACCUACAGAACAUGUUGAAUGAAGCGGACGAGAAGAGAGAUGGAGGAGAAAGGGAGGGAGGGGAGAGAGGGGAGGGAGGAGAUAGGGAGGGAGGGGAAAUGGAGGGAGGAGAAAUGGAUGAAGGGGAGGGAGAGAAAAGAGAAGAGACAAAAGAUGAAGGAGAGGUUGGUGAAGAGGGAGGGGGUGAGGGAGUAAGGAGUAAGGCACAGGAACCUACGGCUGAUGAGGUAGAACCGGCUGAGACAAGCGAGGAACCA